AUGCGUACAGGGGGAAUCCAAGAGGCCUUUGAGAUGGAGGAUCAGUGCGGCAAGCCAAGCAGCGGCAGCAGUAGGUUGAGAGGGAAAAGAAGAAAGCCAGAGAAAACAAAAAAGUCGAGAGAAAGAGCGAGAGGGGAGGGUGAGAUCCGAGUGGACGACUCUUCUCGAGCGCUUCAGUAUGAGACAGUCCAAGCUGUGACCAGUGGACCCAUCCUCAGAGACAUGGCCUUCUCCUCUGACCACCACCACCUCUACGUCAUGUCCGAAUCACAGUUGUCCAGAGUACCAGUGGAGGCGUGCGGACAGUACUCCACUUGCAGUGAGUGCCUGGGCUCUGGGGACCCCCACUGCGGCUGGUGUGUGCUCCACAACAUGUGCACCCGGAAAGAGAAAUGUGAGCGAUCUUCAGAGCCACGCCGAUUUGCCUCCGACAUCAAACAGUGUGUGCGGCUCAGCGUCCACCCCAGCAACAUCUCGGUGUCCCAGUUCAGUGUCACGUUGGUUUUGGAGGCCCACAACGUUCCGGACCUUUCGGCUGGAGUGAACUGCACCUUUGAGGACCUGAGUGAAAUGAACGGGCUCGUGGAAGGGAACCAGAUCCGCUGUUCUUCUCCGGCCAAGAGAGAGAUGCCUCGGAUCAUAGUGGACAAAGGUAAAGGAGACCACCAGAUCGUUCAGCUCUACCUCAAGUCCAAAGAGACGGGGCUGGCCUUUGCAAACACCAGCUUUGUUUUCUACAACUGCAGCGUGCACACGUCAUGCCUGUCCUGUGUGAGCAGUCCAUACGAGUGUCACUGGUGUAAGUACAGACACGGCUGCACCCACGACCCCACCACCUGCUCUUUCCAGGAGGGACGCGUCAAGAAGCCCAUGGAGUGUCCCCAGCUGCUGCCCGCGGAGAAGAUCCUGGUGCCGGUGAACGUGGUGAAGCCGAUCACGCUCCGAGCCAAGAACCUGCCCCAGCCUCAGUCAGGACAGAAGGGCUACGAGUGUGUGCUGACCAUCCAGGGCAACAAGCACCGCGUCCCAGCUCUUCGCUUCAACAGGUCCUCGGUGCAAUGCCAGAACACUUCGUAUUUCUACGAGGGGAUGGAGAUGAGCAGUCUUCCAGUGGAGCUGACCGUCAUCUGGAACGGAGAUUUCAGCAUCGACAACCCCGCCCUCAAUAAAGUCCAUCUGUACAAGUGCGAUGCUCAGAGGGGCAGCUGUGGCCUGUGUCUGAAGGCAAACCCACAGUUUGGCUGCGUCUGGUGCAAAGGGGAGAACCGCUGCACCCUCAAGCAACACUGCCACCCAGAGAACCAGUGGCUGGAGCACAACGGCAUCAGCAGCAUGUGCACCCACCCACGUAUCACACAGAUAACUCCCCUGCGAGGCCCCAGAGAAGGAGGCACUCUGGUGACGAUCCGUGGGGAAAACCUGGGGCUGGAUUUCUCUGAGAUCCAGGGGAACGUGAAGGUGGCCGAGGUGGAGUGCAUCCCCAUCCGAGAGGGCUACAUCCCGGCUGAGCAGAUUGUGUGUGAGAUGGGGCGCGCUGAGACCAGCCAGUACACGGGCAACAUCCAGGUCUGUGUGGGAGUGGGCGAGUGCAGACCCGAGUUCAUGGCCAAGUCCUCCAAAUACUACUACUUUGUGAUUCCCAGAAUCCUCAGCAUUAAGCCGAACCGUGGGCCAGUCUCAGGAGGAACCAUCGUGAACAUCACUGGCAGCCACCUGGACGCCGGAAGCAACGUGUCAAUCAUGUUUAAGGAGCAGCCCUGCACAUAUCUGAGGAGGGGGGGUCUCUGGCUGACCUGUCGUACCCACGCAUCCCUCCACGGCACUGGGAACGUGUCGGUGUCAGUGAGCAUAGACAAGGCCCACCUGCAGAAGGACCUGCGCUUCGAGUACGUGGAGGAUCCCAGCAUCACGCGCAUGGAGCCCGAGUGGAGCAUCUACAGUGGACACACACCGGUGACUGUGACCGGGACCAACUUGGACAUCAUCCAGACGCCGCUGAUCCGAGCCAAGUACAACGGGCAUGAGACGCUCAAUCUGUGCACCGUGCUGAGCUCCACCACCAUGCUGUGCCAGGCCCCUGAGCUGGCCAUCAGCCUGUCCCGGCAGCUGGAGGUUCCCGAGCGACCUGACGAGUUUGGUUUUAAGCUGGAUGACGUGCAGGCCCUCAUGGCCCUCAACCACACCAACUUCAUCUACUACCCCAACCCUGAGUUUGAGCCACUCAGUGCGUCCGGCGUGCUGGAGCUCAAGCCGGGCUCGCCUAUCAUACUCAAGGGCCAUAACUUCCUCCCUCCGACCAACAGCGGCAACGGGAAACUGAACUACACGGUCUUCAUCGGGGACAAGCCGUGCAUGCUGACCGUGUCCGAGACCCAGCUGCUGUGCGAGUCGCCCAACCUGACGGGGCGCCACAAAGUCCUGGCUCGAGUGGGCGGUAUCGAGUUCUCCCCAGGCGUGGUCCACAUCACCUCAGACAGUCCGCUCAGCAGCACGGCCAUCAUCAGCAUUGCUGCCGCGGGCGCCAUGCUCAUUCUGGCAAUUGUCAUGGUGCUCAUCGCCUACAAGCGCAAGUCCAGAGAAAGUGACCUCACGCUCAAAAGACUGCAGAUGCAAAUGGACAACCUGGAGUCCCGCGUGGCUCUGGAGUGCAAAGAGGCUUUUGCCGAGCUGCAGACGGACAUCCACGAGCUUACCAGUGAUCUGGACGGCGCCGGCAUCCCGUUCCUGGAUUACAGAACCUACACCAUGAGGGUGCUUUUCCCCGGCAUUGAGGAACAUCCUGUGCUUAAAGAUUUGGAGGUGCCUGGGUACCGCCAGGAGCAGGUGGAGAAGGGACUGAAGCUCUUUGGGCAGCUCAUCAACAACAAGGUGUACCUGCUGUGCUUCAUCCGGACCCUGGAGGCUCAGCGGGGCUUCUCCAUGCGGGACAGGGGCAACGUAGCCUCACUUAUCAUGACCGUGCUCCAAAGCAAGCUGGAAUAUGCCACUGACGUCCUCAAACACCUGCUGUCAGACCUCAUAGACCGCAACCUGGAGAGCAAGAACCACCCCAAGCUUCUACUGCGCAGGACUGAGUCUGUUGCAGAGAAAAUGCUGACCAACUGGUUUACAUUUCUCCUCUAUAAGUUUCUAAAGGAGUGCGCAGGCGAACCUCUCUUCUCCCUCUUCUGCGCCAUCAAACAACAGAUGGAGAAGGGUCCCAUCGACUCCAUCACGGGAGAGGCGCGCUACUCUCUGAGCGAGGACAAGCUCAUCAGACAGCAGAUUGACUACAAGACUCUGGUGGUGAACUGCAUCCACCCGGAGAACGAGAAGAGCCCGGAGAUCCAGGUGAAGGUGCUGAACUGUGACACCAUCAGUCAGGUCAAGGAGAAGAUCCUGGACGCUAUCUACAAGAACGUGCCCCACUCCCAUCGACUCAAGGCCUCGGACAUGGACCUAGAGUGGCGCCAAGGCAGAGGGCAGCGCAUGAUUCUGCAGGAUGAGGACAUUACCACUAAAAUUGAAGCCGAUUGGAAGAGACUGAACAUACUUUGCCAUUAUCAGGUGCCUGACAACGCGGUGAUGGCCUUGGUUCCCAAACAAGUGACAGCAUACAACUCGGUGAACAACUCCACAGUCUCCCGGACCUCAGCCAGUAAAUACGAGAACAUGAUCAAAUACACGGGGAGUCCGGACAGCCUGCGGUCGCGCACACCCAUGAUCACGCCUGACCUUGAGAGCGGCGUCAAAGUGUGGCACCUGGUCAAGAACCACGAGCACGGGGACCAGAAGGAGGGCGACCGCGGCAGCAAGAUGGUGUCCGAGAUCUACCUGACACGGCUGCUGGCCACCAAGGGCACAUUACAGAAAUUUGUGGAUGACUUGUUCGAGACCAUCUUUAGCACAGCUCACCGAGGCAGCGCUCUGCCCCUGGCCAUCAAGUACAUGUUCGACUUCUUGGACGAGCAAGCGGACAAGCACAGCAUCCACGACCCCCACGUCCGGCACACAUGGAAGAGCAACUGCCUACCUCUGCGUUUCUGGGUGAAUGUGAUCAAGAACCCCCAGUUCGUCUUCGACAUCCACAAGAGCAGCAUCACGGACGCCUGCCUGUCCGUGGUGGCCCAGACCUUCAUGGACUCCUGCUCCACCUCAGAGCACCGCCUGGGCAAAGACUCGCCCUCCAACAAGCUGCUGUAUGCCAAGGACAUCCCCAGUUACAAGAGCUGGGUGGAGAGGUACUACUCGGACAUCAGUAAGAUGCCCGCCAUCAGUGACCAGGACAUGAACGCCUACCUGGCCGAACAAUCACGGAUGCACAUGAGCGAGUUCAACAGCAUGAGCUCUCUCAGUGAGAUCUACUCCUACGUGGGAAAGUACACUGAGGAGAUCGUGUGCGCCCUGGAGCAGGACGACGCGGCACGCAAACAGCGGCUGGCCUUCAAGCUGGAGCAGGUGGUGGCCUUCAUGAGCCUGGAGAGCUGA